AUGACCACUCCCAACUCCCCGGAGGCUGUGGCCGAUUCGGCCAGCCCCUCCGCCACAGCCCCGUAUGGGACGCGAUCCAGGGGUCGCAAUGCACCUCGGCCCAACUACGCUGAGGAUCGUGACAUCGACAUGGACCUGGACACCUCUGCUCCCGCCAAGUCCGGCAAACGGAAUAGUGGCGUAACACUUCCCCCCAACGGCUCUAAAUCCGACAGUGAGAAAUCGUCGUCGAUGCAGCCUCGCAAGAGUCUGAGUAAUGGUACGGCCUCGACCCCAUCGGCAAAAGAUGCCAUCCCGGGUACUUCGUCGUUCUCCGCGAGGCCGGAUGAUGUGAACGGGUCCAGCGCGUUGCGCAAACGCAAACACACCGCCAGCACCCCGAAUUCCAACUCCGGUGGUAACGCCACGAAGAAGAUCUUCACUUCAGCCCCGGGGGGCCCCGACGGCGGCUAUUUUACCAACAUGCUCAGCUUUGAGAAUUCCGAACCUCAUCUCCAGGAUGGGAAAUUAAUCGCCGAUGAUGGAACUACCUUCGCUGUGAAUGACCAUGUUUACCUGGUUUGUGAACCUCCCGGUGAGCCGUAUUACUUGGCGCGAAUCAUGGAGUUCCUUCCAUCCAAGAUCAAGGACUCCGGGGUCAUUGAAGCAUUGCGCGUCAACUGGUACUACCGCCCACGAGAUAUCCAGCGACAUAGUCCAGACACGCGGUUUGUAUUCGCGUCGAUGCAUUCGGAUACAUGUCCGUUAUCUUCGUUGCGUGGGAAGUGCGACAUUCGGCAUGUGUCAGAGGUCACUGAAAUGGGGUCCUACAAGAAGACUCGGGAUUGUUUUUGGUACGACAAGAUGUUCGAUCGGUAUAUCCACCGCCUCUACGAUGUGAUCCCCACCAAGGAGGUGAUUAAUGUCCCGCCAAAUGUCAAGAAAGUGCUCGACGAGCGUUGGAAGUUCAUUCUUGUUGAGAUGGGCAAGGGGAAGGAGUUGACGGGCGCAGUCAAGACAUGCAAGCGAUGUCGUCUAUAUGCUGCCAAUUCCGAGUCGGUGGAUUGUGCCGUGUGCCAUUCUACCUACCAUAUGUCUUGCGUGCGACCAGCUCUGACGAAGAAACCCGCCCGCGGCUUCGCUUGGGCCUGUGCGGCCUGCAGUCGUGCCCAGGAGCGCAAACUCGAGGCACGCAAUACCCCGAUUCUCGGCGAAAGCCGACCAGAGGGCGAAGAUGAAGUCAUGGAGGAAGAAGAGGAAGAGCACCCCCAUGGUGCCGUAAAUGGGACCUCGGCCAGCACCCCCGCGAUCGCCGAGGAAGAUUCGAUGCCCCAGCCUGCAACAGCGGAACAGACGGCGCAGGCCAAAAUGUGGCCCUAUCGCUACCUGGGCAUUCAUUGCCGCGUGGAGGACGCUCUCGACUACGACGACCGGAUUUAUCCCCGAGCAAGUUCCCGCCUAGGAACGCGACACCAGGCAAACGUCAAUCCUUGGCCGGGCCGUGAAAUUGAAUACGUGAAGCCACUCGAUCUAAAGAAGAAAUAUGCCCGAGUGUCCGGUGGGCGAAAGGACGGAAAGCUUUCCAAGGAUGCUCAGGCUGCCAUGGAAGCCGCGAAGCACGAGAAGGCCAACCGACCGAAGUGGGUCCAGGAUGAACCGGCAGGCUACGUGCAUCGUGGAGAGGAUGAGCCGGUUACGGUCAAUGGAAAGCAGACGCGCACCGCCGAACUCAUGUUUAAGAUGCCAACCGCUGACCAGAUUCCCGCCCGAGGCGAAGAUGAUGCGCCGGGUUCCCAUUUAAGCCUGGAAGAACGCAGAAAAUUCAUCGAUGACUACAUGCGUCAAGCGAAGGAGCUGGCACCCGACAUCGGAGUCGAAAAGUACUCCACAAACUUUCUGGACAAGGCCCUCGAAUAUCUGUAUUCCGAAAGCUUCGACGUGCAUGCAGCUCUCGCCAAGCUGAAGAAGGUGAACAAAUACAAGGAUCUCAAGGAGCCUCAUCUUCGUCCGGAAGAGCUCAAAGCUUUCGAGCAGGGGGUUGCAAAGUAUGGGUCAGAAUGGCGCAACAUCACGAAGCAUGUGCGGACCGUGCCUCACUACCAAAUUGUUCGGUUUUACUACAUGUGGAAGAAAACGCCUCGUGGCCGGCAGGUAUGGGGUAGCUACGAAGGGAGGCGUGGUAAAAAGGAGGUUCGACGGCACAGUGUCUCCUCCUCCAAGCUGGUGGACGAUGUGGCCGAUGACCACGAUGAUUCCGCCUUUGACACCGAAAAAGCAGUGAUCCAGAAACGUGGAUUCCAAUGCAAAUUCUGCACGACGCGCAGCUCACGCCAGUGGCGGCGCGCCCCAGGAGUUCCGCCUGGCACCGCUGUUCCCUCCGAACCCUCCAAGAAGGACAAGGGGUCUCUCCUUACCGUCUCCCUUUGUCUUCGCUGUGCGUUGCUAUGGCGGAAAUAUAGUAUACAGUGGGAAGAUGUUGACGAGGUUGGGAAGAGGAUUGCGAACAGCGGUAACAAGUCAUGGCGGCGCCGUAUUGAUGAGGAAUUACUGGCACAGCUGAUUGUGGCCACCGAAACACCAUUCACUAUCACCAGUGCUACAGCAGCAACUGCGACGUCGAUGGGAAUUCCACUGGACACCAAUCCUCAACUCCAGCCGGAAGGCAAGCUGGAUCCAAAUAAGAAAAAGCCGCGCAAUGACAAGGACAGCACGGCCACUUCAGCUGCAACCUCAGUUGAGCCCAUCCCUAAAAAGAAAAUGGGAAUCGAUAAGGCCUCCGAACAGCCCCCGGUCGUUCCCGAUCCACCAAAAGCCAAGACUUUAUCAUGUGCCGUUUGCAACAAGGUUGAACCCUCGGGUGAUGAGCACAUUUCAUGUCGGGAUUGUCGUCUGACCGUUCAUCGCAACUGCUAUGGAGUUCGGGAAUCACGAGCCGGUCACAAAUGGCUAUGCGACAUGUGUUCUAAUGACCGCAGUCCAUCUAUCUCGACCACCUACGAAUGUGUCCUUUGCCCGGUCACAUUUACCGAACACAAUCUCAUGGAGACGCCAAAGAAUAACAGCCGGAAGAAGUCGGAAAGGGACAAAGAGAAGGAGCGCCUGGAAAAGGAGAUGAUCUCCGAAGCCAUCAAGCUCUAUCGUCAGCGACAGGAAGCUGUUGGCAAGCCUGUCGGUCCCCGGGAACCCUUGAAACGCACUGCCGGCAACAACUGGGCUCACGUCAUGUGCUCUUUGUGGACCCCAGAGCUCAAGUAUGGCGAUGCGAAGGAGCUGGAGCCCGUCGAGGGAUUCGGUUCCAUUCCCAAGGACCGGUGGCGGGAGGUGUGCAAGAUUUGCAAGUCAUCCAAGGGAGCAUGUGUCCCUUGCCAUUUCAACGGUUGCAAUACCCACUUCCACAUUGGCUGUGCAUUCCAAGCCCAAUACCGGUUCGGUCUCGAUAUCACGCCUGUGAAGAGUUCUCGGAGAGAUAACGUGCAAACGAUUCGUCUGGGUGGCGAAGUUGGGGCAGCCAUACCGGCAAUCUACUGUCCUCACCAUAGUGUGUCGUCCACCGUGCACGAGAUCGGCGAACAGGUGGGCCACGACGGCCUCAAUGCUCUCCAAGUGUUUGCGCAAACAUACAAGCAGGCUGAUCUCACUCUGACUGGGACCAUCCGAAAGGCGGCGUACGUGCAAUCCUCAGUUGGCCCUCCACCACACCAGGCCUCCGGUGCUGGACACCGACGGACCUCGACAAGCAAUGGGCCGGCAUCUGCCAAGGAUGGCCAUAAGACUCAAACUACGCCGAGCGAAGAGGCGCCAGAUGAGAUGGACAUUGACACGAAUGACCAUCCUGCGCUCCGGCCUGUUCCUGGGGUAGAAACAAAUCGUCAAUGUGUUCGCUGCUCCACCGGAUUCAGUCCCAGGUGGUGGCCUGUUGGGCGGCGCACUGACAGUUGGGCGCCUUUCAUUAAUGGGGUAGGACACUCUCAUCACCCACUGCAGGGCUCCCUCGUACAACCCAACGGGCAUGGUGGUGAGCAGGCAUACGAAUGCCACAAAUGCCAUUUGAAGAAUCCCGCUCCUGAGCCCGCGCUGGAUCCGCGGCCUUCGCCUUACUCCGCGCCACGCCCUCCCAUGCUGCCCACUCCCCGGAUGGCCGGUCAUACCUUUGUGUCGCACACACCUCCUGCUCCGACCAAUGUCCUCGGGCGGUCGAUGCCCCCGGCUCAUCCACACAACGGAAUCCCCAGCGGACUCCCCAGCUUAACCGGCGGAUACGAGCAACGCCCCGCGAACGAUCCCAGCCUCCGUAAUGGCAUGUCGCCUGGGACUUACUCUGCUGCACCACCUCCCCAUAUGGGAACUUUCCCGCCCCCUCACUCUACCGGCCCUCCGCCACCGCAUUACGGAAGUGCUGUUCCUCCUCCUCCGCCAUCAUACCCAACACAUCAGAGCCCUUAUGGUCCGAUGCCGACCCGGUCCCCACAUCUGUCCCAGGCGGCGCCUCGGUCAUACGCAGCCUCGGCAUCUCCACCGGUUGUGCAGGCGACCGUCAGCCGGUCUCCGCAAACCUCACUUAGCGCACUCAAUGGCGGUCCGCCGCCACGCAUGUACUCGGUUGAUCAACGACUGGGAGCUCCUUCCCACUCGCCGCCGGUAACCCAGGCACGUGUUGACCCGCGCGGGCCUACCCCUCCAAAUCGACCGGAAGAUACCCCUCCUGCUCUUAUGACUGGCCCGCCGAGCGCCCGCCGGCACUCGGGGGUGAACGGCACCAGUGCAGGGUCGGGGGCUAGCGCGAGCCCGUCGCUCAAGAACCUUCUUUCUUAA